UUUUUUUUUUUUUUUUGUGUUCAGGUAUUAAACAUGCCUAUACAUCAAAAUUUCACAUCAAAUUUUCUUGUUUUAUUGACUUGUGGGAUUUGGCGUUAGACGAUGUUAUUGUGGGAUCCGUAGUUUCGUUUGCAAAUUUUGUGAGACUCACUCUCGGCGAUGUCUUCAAGAAUCCUACUUUUGAUCCGUUGUUAUUAAUGAGUCUUAUUUGCGGUUUUGUUCUUUUCAUAACCGUCUUUUUCUAAAAAAAUUCGGCAAAACUCACCCUCAAUCAAAUCCAAGCGGCCAAGCCACAAGACAAUGGGGCGAAAUCUUCCUUCGUGGAUGAGUUCAGGAGACGCCAGCAAAUCCCAUGGAAAGAAGCCAAAUGAUUUUGGUGGAGACGAUGAAAUUUCUGAAGGUGAGAAACUUAAACAAGCUAAAGGCAGGAGUAAAGCCAAUGCGAAAAGUUCUACUUCCGAGGAAAACAAGAUCAUCGAUAAAUCAUCUUCAUCGAGUUCCGGUAUCAUGAGCUUCUCCAAACUUUUGGAAGGGGUAGUUUUCGCACUUUCUGGGUUUGUGAAUCCCGAACGCAGUAUACUGCGGUCACGGGCGCUGGAAAUGGGAGCAGAAUAUCAACCUGACUGGAAUUCAGAUUGCACUCUUCUGGUCUGUGCAUUUCCCAACACCCCAAAGUUCCGGCAAGUUGAGGCAAAUUGUGGUACUAUUGUCUCAAAGGAAUGGAUUUCAGAGUGUUAUAACCAGAAGAAGAUUGUUGAUAUUGAAAGUUACCUAAUGCAUGUGGGGAAACCUUGGAGGAAAAGCAAUGUUUCCCAUGAAGCCAUCCAUGACCAUGAAAUUGAAUCUCCUAGAAAGCCUAGCAAGCAAAUUAAAGGACCACGUGCAAAGCCAACUGCUGCUGCAUGCUCAAAGAGUGGAGCUUCUGGUCUUGCUAAGGACAACUUUUCUCCCUCUAAAGUGAAGAAGUGGGCUAUUGAUGAUUUAAACAAAACUAUGACAUGGCUAGAAAGUCAAGAAGAAAAGCCUGAACCAAGUGAGAUAAGACAAAUAGCAGCUGAAGGGAUCUUAACUUGUUUGCAAGAUGCCAUAGAUUCUCUUGAGCAAAAGCAGGGUAUUGGCCAAAUGGCUGAGCAGUGGAGAUAUGUUCCUCGUGUGGUUGAGGAGCUGGUGAAGCUAGAGGCUACCAAAAAUAGGCCAGCUUCAGUUUCGAAGGAAGAUCUCUACAGGCAGGCUGUGGCUUGUAGACAUUUGUAUGAUACGGUAUUAAAUAGUGUAGAAGAUGAUUCUUCUGCAAAGAACAAAAACCUAAAGACUGAUGCGGAUGCAUAUGACAGCGAUGAAACAAUUGAGAUGACAGAGGAGGAAAUAGAGCUUGCUUACAAUACCAUGGCCUCUUAACAUCUGUGAAUGAUGUUCGACCUUCUGCCUAAAAGAUGUUAUACUACUCUGACUUCAUGUUGACAGAGGAUGGCUUUUGAUGCGCCUUGUCCUCCCAUUCCCCUUUUCCUGCUUUUUCUCUUAUCUAGGAAGUGUAAGAAAUUUUGUAGAGAGAGAAAGAGAUGCAGUCCAGCAGUCAAUAGCUCCUUGCAGUUGGCCCUAUGUUUCCAAAAUUUGUUACAGUUUAUUUAAAUGACCAUUAAAUGGUUGCUUUCUUCC